AUGGACUAUGAUUUUACGGAUAUUUCGGAUGAGGAUCAUAAUUAUGUAACAAAGGGAGACAUUGUCUGCCUCUCCUGUGUCGCCUCACACAAUCGAGAUGGAGUUCUCGGCUCUGAAAGGGUCUGUCUAUGUACCGAGGGAUUCGGUAACCGAAUGUGCACAUUGGAGAACGUAUCUGAUCGCGAUAUACCGCCGGAUAUCGCUAUGUGUAUGCUUUACAUCGACAACGCACUGUCGAUGCGAGCAUUGCAAGAGAUGAUGUCUGCCGAUAGUGAGCACAAGUCUGCAUCCGGUGCUGGUGGCCAUAAAACGUUGCUCUACGGUCACGCUGUUCAGCUGAAACAUGUUCAAAGUGAAAUGUAUCUUGCCUGCCUUUCAUCAUGCACUUCCAAUGAUAAACUUGCUUUCGACGUCGGAGUUCAAGAAACAAAUGAGGGAGAAGCUUGCUGGUGGACUAUUCAUCCAGCCUCGAAACAGCGAUCCGAAGGAGAAAAAGUUCGAGUAGGAGACGAUGUGAUUCUUGUAUCAGUGGCCACCGAAAGAUACCUGCAUAUGGCCUACAGCAAAGGCUACAUGGUGAUCGCUUCAUUCCAUCAAACUCUUUGGAACAUUCAAUCAGUCAGUUCGGGAAGUAUGAGAACCCGUAAUAUGGGUUUUCUUUUUGGAAAUGACGUGCUGAGACUGUUUCACGGAAAUGACGAAUGUCUCACGAUCCCUGAAAAUUGGAGUGAACAUCCACAGCACAACAUGGUUAUCUACGAAGGCGGAGCAGCGGUGACACAAGCCAGAUCCCUCUGGCGAAUCGAGCUUGUCCGAAUGAAAUGGCAUGGAGCCUUGGUUGGCUGGGAACAGGUGUUCCGAAUCAAACAUAUCACUUCUGGAAGAUAUCUUGGUUGUCUCGACAAUUCCGUACAGCUCUAUCAUAAGGAGAAGGCCGAUUUUGAUCUGACUGCGUUUGUCAUGUGUCAGAAUAAAGAUCCGAAGAAGCAGAUGCUGGAUGAAAAAGAAGAGGAGGGCAUGGGAACAGCUACUAUUCGUUAUGGAGAAACAAAUGCUUUCAUUCAACAUGUUAAAACACAACUUUGGCUUUCUUAUCAGACAACAGAGGUCACCAAAAAAGGACUGGGAAAAGUGGAAGAGAAAAAGGCUGUGGCGUUGAAGGAUGGUCAUAUGGACGACUGCUACACCUUCUUCAUGGCUCUCGAAGAAGAAUCCAAAUCCGCUCGGGUUAUUCGCAAAUGCUCAUCAGUGCUCAACAAGUUUCUCAAGGGUAUCGAAGCCCUUCAAUUGGAAGGAAACCAAUCAACUGAUUGGACUCGUGUAAAUCUAAACGAAGUCCUCAAGCUUAUGGAAGAUUUGAUCGAUUACUUUGCUCAGCCUGGAGAAGAACAAGAGUUUGAGGAUAAACAGAAUCAUCUGCGUGCCCUUCGAAGUCGGCAAGACUUAUUCCAGGAGGAAGGAGUUUUGAACAUGAUCCUUGAUACCAUUGACAAGUUCUCGCAGAUGGAAUCACUUCCGGACUUUGCCGGAUUAAUCGGAGAAGAAACGCAUGAUAAAUGGGAGCAGAUUUCGACAUAUCUUUAUCUUCUGGUUGCAGCCAUGAUCAAGGGAAAUCAUUAUAACUGUGCUCAAUUUGCUUCAGCCCAAAGAUUGGACUGGUUGUUCGGAAGAUUGAGCAACCCUCAAUCCGCGGAAGGAAUUCUCGACGUUCUUUACUGUGUGCUGACGGAAUCACCAGAAGCAUUGAAUAUGAUCAAUGAAGGCCAUAUCAGAAGUGUCAUAUCGCUUCUAGAGAAAGUAGGAAGAGAUCCAAAAGUUCUCGAUGUCCUCUCAUCUCUUUGUGAAGGAAAUGGAAUGGCGGUGAGAAGCUCACAAAAUCUUAUAACACAAUACCUUCUACCUGGCAAGGACCUCCUUCUCCAGACGGCAAUGCGUGACCAUGUGAGCAGCAUGAUGCCGAAUGUGAUGCUUGGUGUAGUUGAAGGCUCGGCUUUAUUCCGCAAAUGGUAUUUCGAAGCAGAAGUGGAACAUAUAGAGAAAACGACAAAGCAAAAUCCUUAUCUUCGGAUUGGAUGGGCUAACAGCGUCGGCUUCAAACCAUUCCCUGGAUCUGGAGAUAAAUGGGGAUGCAAUGGUGUCGGAGACGAUUUCUAUUCUUACGGCUUCGACGGAAAAUCAAUGUUCUUCGGAGGAAAGUCAAGAGUUGUUGGUCAUAAACUUCUCGAGAAAGGAGAUGUCGUCGGAUGUCUUAUUGAUUUAACGAUCCCAGAAAUCCGAUUCAGCGUCAACGGAACCCAAAUGACGGGAGUAUUCAAAAAUUUCAACACCGAUGGUUAUUUCUUCCCAGUGAUGUCCCUUUCUUCAAAAGUUUCCUGUCGCUUCAUCUUCGGCGGAAAUCAAGGCCGACUGAGAUUCGGACCACCUUCAGGAUUUUCGGCAUUAGUAGAAGCUGUAAAUGGGGAACUUCAAAUUACUGAUUGUCUCUCUUUUGGAGAUCUCGGAAAGAAUAUUUAUUGUGGACCACAAACAAUUUUCAACCAAGUUGAGCCAUUUGUUCCACAGCCCGUAGAUAUUUCAACAACUCAACUAAGUCAUCACGCUAUGGAAAUUCAUACCAAGUACGCAGAAAAUCUUCACGAGCUCUGGGCGAUGCGAAAAAUUGAGCUUGGCUGGAGCUAUGGCGAAGUGAGAUCAGAAGUUAGUCGAAAACAUCCGUGCCUGACUUAUUUUGACCGACUUCCGGAAACAGAGAAGAACUACAAUAUAUCUCUAGCAUUGAGUACCAUGAAGACAAUUGAAGCGGUGGGAUACCAUCUCAUCACCGACGAGCCACCAUGCCGACUUCGGCCUGUCCGACUCGGUCAAAAUUUCCAGCAACCAAAUGGUUACAAGCCGCAACCCCUGGAUACUCACGAAAUUGAAUUGCCCGUAGAGCUUCAACCUCUGAUCGAAGCUCUUGCAAGAAAUACUCACAACGUCUGGGCAAAAGAAAAGAUUCGACGAGGCUGGACGUUUGGACUCAGCGAGUACGUCGAUGCCACACAGAAGCGAUCUCCGCAUCUCGUCCCUUAUGACCAAGUGGACGAGCGGAUUAAACAAGCAAACAGAGAAUCAGCAGCUGAGAACAUCCGCGCUCUGCAGCUUUUCGGUAUUUUCUUAGAGCCACCGGCACAUGAACACGAUGAAGUCGCUGAAAAGGAGCUCAGAGCUCGAAAGGACCAUACAAGAACAUAUCGCGCAGAAGCUACAUACGCUGUUAACGGUGGAAAAUGGUACUUUGAGUUUGAAAUUCUUACUGCCGGAUACAUGAAGAUCGGAUGGAUGGAUAUUGGAUCAACACCCGAAAUCCAGUUGGGAUCAGACGAUCGUAGUUAUGCUUUUGAUGGAUUUCUUGGAAGAAAAUGGCAUCAAGGUCCGGAAGCAUAUGGAAAAGAAUGGAAAGUUGGAGAUGUCGUCGGCUGUUUCCUGGAUCUUAACGAUCGAACCAUAAGCUUUUCGUUAAAUGGCGAGCUUCUUCUGGAUCCAAGUGGUUCCGAGAUGGCUUUUGAUAACGUCGUCUGUGGCGAUGGGCUAGUUCCUGCAAUGACACUUGGCAGCGGACAACGCGGUCGACUGAAUCUUGGCCAACAGUCAAACUCGCUCAAGUUCUUCACCACUUGUGGAUUACAAGAAGGUUACGAGCCGUUCUGCGUGAACAUGUAUCGAUCAAUGCCAAUGUGGUUUGCCAAGCAGCUGCCGAGAUUCGAAGAUAUUGCCCAUCAAAAAUCAGGCUCAAUACUCGAGGUCAACAGAAUUCCAGCCACUGGAAACAGUCCACCAUGUUUGAAAAUCAGCCAAAAAGCGACACUUUCUGAAGGAGGGCCAUCGGAAAAAGCAAAAAUGGAAUACAUUCGAUUGUCGCUACCUGUCAAAUGCAACGAGACAUUUGUUAGAAAUAAGGACAAAGACGCUAUAAGACGCCAACUUCAAGAAUAUAAACCAAGGUCAGAAUCUGUGGUGUCCCAGAUUCGAGCUCCAGGAAUUCCAAAAGAAUUCGAUGACAACAAGGAAAAGAAAGGAUUUUUGAGAAGCAUGUUAAUUUCAAAAGAUUCUCAUGAAUCUGAUGACGAUCGUAGAUCUCGAGGACCUUCCAAGCAGCCUUCAAUGGAGACCGACGAGCCGCCAGCAGUGAGUCAGCGUCGGCGUGUUCUAACCCUAAUGAAUUUCGGGAUGUAUUCUUUUGAUGAAUCAAUUCUCACGUGGCUUCACGUUGAUGAAGAAGAUCACGAGAAAUGGACUCGUCUACUCAGGAGAAGCCUUCUGGAUCUGCCACUCGAAGAACGUCAACUUGCCGAGGAACACUUGAGAGACGUUGUUGAUCGUGGAGUUGCUGAGAAGCCGAAGAAAGCAGGAAUUCUGAGCAGGGAAAGUGAUAAAAAGCGAGAUGACAAAUCCGCUGAUUUGCGUGCAAUGAAGAGCAACUCGAGGUCAUUUGAUGCUGGAAGCAUGGAUACUGCCGCGAUCCCAACCGGCCAAAAAGAUGUUCUUGAUGAUGAUCCAAUUUGGAUCCUUCAAGGCGAUGAUCUAGAUUCUUUAAAUAAUGCUUCUGGAGACAUGCCGACCUCUGGACCAGGCCGUCAGCUCACCGUAAAACGAGGGUCUGUGAAGAAAGGCAAAAAAGGAAAGAAAUCCGAACAAGAACUCAAAAUCUCAGCUCAAGAGAAAAAGGCAUCUUUGGUUCCCGGAGAUGACAUUCUUCAAGAAGGUGAUGCUCAUGCUCUUCUAGCUCUUAAAGAUAAAGUGGAUGAGUACUACUACGGCGUUCGGAUUUUCCCAGGACAGGAUCCUUCUCAAGUUUGGGUUGGAUGGGUUACCACCCAGUAUCAUUAUUACAACACCUCGUUCGAUGGAAACCAAGGAGUCAGGAAAUGCCGUUUUAGUGAAUCGGAUCAUCAAGGGACUACUGUGGACAGUGUUCAAUCGCAAAACUGUUAUAUGGUCAAUGUAUCCGAACUACUUGCAACAACGCCAGAUGUCGCAAACACCAAAGUCUCAGGAACUCUGAUUGGAUGCAUCAUUGACACUUCGAUUGGUGAAUUGACCUUCCAAGUGGGAUCUACCGAUACUGGAAUAAAGUUUACGCUUGAACCUGGCGCAAUGCUUUUCCCUGCGGCAUUUGUCACCCCUACCGCCACCGAAAUCGUUCAAUUCGAGCUGGGAAGAAUCAAGUACACAUUCCCAUUAUCGGCAGCAAUGUUCAAGUCUUGUGAGAAAUCGCUUAUGCCAUUCUGUCCGCCUCGUCUUACAGUGGAGCAGAUCGAAUCGGUUUAUUGGGCUCGGGUUCCCAACGAGACCCUGCGAACAACUGCCCUGAAAUUAUCGGAAGUUCGAGGUUGGUCUGUGCUGUGCAAUGAUCCAGUCAGGAUCAUGACGGUAUAUGUUCCUGAAAAAGAUCAAUCCUUCGAUAUUCUUGAAAUGAUCGAGAUGCCAAACAUGCUCGAAUUCCACAGGCAGACGUUGAAUCUCUACUGCAAAUUGGCGAGUCAUGGAAAUCACAAAGUUGCUCAUAUUCUUUGCCAACAUGUCGAUGAAGAUCAAAUAUUUUAUGCCAUCAAGUCACAUUACCUCUCUGGGCCAAUGAGGCAAGGGUACCAUGAUCUACUAAUCGGUCUUCAUUUGGAAAGUCAUACGGCUGCUCGACGAAGCAUGGCCAAGGAAUACGUCAUACCUCUGGUUCCUCAACUUCAGUUAAAAAAUGUGCUUGAUCCAGACAACGAGACGCGGUAUCCACAAAUUAUGGGAGAGAGCUGCUCGAUGCUUUCCCAAAUGAUGGCAGAACCUGUCAAAAAGCAUAUAUCGAGAGAUGAUGAGAUGAAGCUUCUUCCUCCGGCCAUUGAUUUUGACGCUUUGAAGAAACAUGUGAUGGAGUCAUUGAAAAGUGCCACUCAUCAUGCUGUCAUGAAUUGUCGAGAUCUCAUCGGAGGAGAUAACACGAAUCAUUUCGAACCACUCUUCAAGCUCUUCGAUAAUCUUCUUGUUAUUGGCUUGAUCACCGAUGAAGAACUCGAGACUCUCCUCACGUUGAUCUACCCACAAGCGUUCGAUGAAAAGUACGAGCCCUCCACAACUCAGAAGGGUAUCACUCAGCUAGAACUCGAUGAGCCAGUGAAGAUCCAAUUUGUAAAUAUUUUGGACCACCUUUGUGAUAUCCAGUUAAGACACAGAAUCGAGAGUCUUGUCGCGUUCUCAGAAGGAUUUGUCGGAGAGUUGCAAUCGGACCAGUGCAAAAGAUACAUGGAUAUCAAGCAGACUGAUAUGCCUCCAGCUGAAGCAGCGAAGAAGACAAAAGAGUUCAGAUGUCCUCCAAAAGAGCAAAUGUUCAGAUUGCUCAUGUGCAAAGUGAAAGAAGAAAGAGAUCCAACUUAUAAUGAUGAUGAUGCUGAUGUGGAUCAGUGCCCCAUGGCGGAAAGCCUACAACAACAGCUACGAGACUUCUGCGAAAUCCUUGUUGGCAAGAUCGGAAACGUUAAUGAAGAAAGUGUUGAUGAACAGCUCGCCCUGAUUGAAUCCGAGGAAGGAUCAUGGGUGGACUCGCUUGCGAGAAUCGUGGUCAAAGUUCCACCUCCACUUGAACAGCACGACGCUGAGAAUCAAAAGAAAGGAACCCAGAAUUUCAGAGAUAUGAUUGUCACUAUGAUGAAAGAAUGGGCUUUGGGAGACUUCAUUGAGAACAGCGAAUUGAUUCGAAGCAUGUUCCGACUACUUCUCAGGCAGUAUUCCGGUGUUCGCGAGCUCCGAGACGCCAUGGAUCAAACUUAUGUGUUUCAUGAAAGAAAUGUUCUUGACGUGCAGGACUUCAUAGUAUACCUGAUCCAGAUCCGAGAAUUACUUACUGUUCAAUUCGAGCAUGCCGAAGAAGCCAUUCUGAAGAGAGGACUCUGGAAAUUGAUGAACAACCGCAUCUUCUUCCAGCAUCCCGACUUGAUGAGACUUCUGUCCGUACAUGAGAAUGUUAUGUCGAUAAUGAUGAAUAUUCUGACAGCUCAGCAAGGGACUGUUGAGCACGACGGAGAUGAAGUGAAAGAGAAAGCACCGAUCAAGGAUGCGUCUGAAAUGGUUGUCGCUUGCUCUAGAUUUCUUUGCUAUUUCUGCAGGACCUCUCGCCAGAAUCAAAAGGCGAUGUUCGAGCAUCUAUCAUUCUUACUGGACAAUGCGACUAUGCUUCUGGCAAGACCAUCAUUGAGAGGUUCCGUGCCCCUCGACGUUGCCUACUCCAGCUUUAUGGACAACAACGAAUUGGCUCUUGCGCUCAAGGAAGAAGAGCUAGACAAAGUGGCAGUAUACCUUUCCAGAUGUGGACUUCAGCCAAACUCUGAGCUUCUCGCUAAAGGAUAUCCGGACAUUGGAUGGGAUCCGGUUGAAGGAGAGCGCUAUAUCGAUUUUCUAAGAUUCUGUGUUUGGAUUAACGGAGAGAAUGUCGAGGAGAACGCGAAUCUCGUGAUCCGACUCUUGAUUCGUCGCCCAGAAUGUCUCGGUGUUGCUUUGAAAGGAGAAGGACAAGGAUUGUAUGCGGCCUUCAAGGAGGCAAUUGCGUUGUCAGAAGACAUACGAAUGCUCGAAAAUGGAGCGCAUCCGUCCAGCUUGACCAGCGGACUAUUGGGAGAAAACCCGACUUAUCCGUCCAAAGAAUCUGAAGGCGAAGAUUAUCUCGAUCUUGGAUCCGCCACAUUGGACUUCUAUUCAAGUUUAGUUGACCUUCUCGCGAAAUGUGCGCCAGAUCCAAUGGCCAUUCAAGCUGGAAAAGGAGAUUCACUGAGAGCUCGAGCUAUUCUUCGAUCGUUAAUAUCGCUGGACGAUCUUGGACACAUUCUCAGUCUACGUUUCACCAUUCCGAAUUUGUCAGCUCCGACUACAGAUGCCAUUCGGCGUGUGAACCAAUUGGCUAAUACUCAAAAGACGGCACUUGCCCACACGUUUGCAAUGGUCGCCUCACUAGCAUCGGAAGUCUCGAACACGCAGCGUCGCUCACAAACGUUUCCGUCAGCCUCCACACUUCGAGGGCUUCCUCGCGUUGAUGAAGUCGAUAGUGACGCCGACUCUUCAGAUUAUGCAUCGGUUCAUACAUCAUUCUCCAGUGGGUCUGGAUUAUUUGCGCCAAAGCCCACAAGAGAACAGCUUCUCUUGAAAGAGGAGAAGAAGUAUCCAAUUAUUCAGAGAAGAAGAUCAAGCCGAUUUAACCCGAUUGACAAUACUGGACCACUUCCUGGAUUGCUCCCAAAUCAUAAAGGAUCCGUUCUUCUCUUCCUCGAUCGAGUCUAUGGAAUCGAUUCACAGGAUAUGCUUUUCCAUGUUCUUGAGCAGUCUUUCUUACCAGAUCUUCGAGCGGCCACAAUGAUGGACUCCCCGAAGGCAUUGGAAUCCGACACGGCGCUAGCGCUGAACCGUUAUCUGUGCAAUUCUGUUCUUCCACUUCUUACCAAUCAUUCGCACUUCUUCUCGGACGCUGAACAUCAUACUGCACUUCUUGACGCAACGCUCCACACCGUUUAUAGAAUGAAUCGUUUGAAAUCGCUGACAAAAAACCAGCGUGACGCAGUAUCCGAUUUCUUAGUGGCCAUCACUAGGGAAUUGCCGCCAGGAAUGAUGAUUAAACUUCUUAAGAAGGUGAUCAACGAUAUUCUUACGAUGAACGAUAUGAAUGUGCUGGUGCCUUUGCGGCUGAUCACUCUUCAUUACGAACGAUGCGGAAAAUAUUACGGAUCUGGAAAUCACUACGGUGUCGCUAGCGAAACGGAGAAACGCCUUUCCAUGCUUCUAUUCUAUGCCAUUUUCGAAACGCUUGGAAAGCGUCCAUAUGAUCCAGAGCUGUUCGGAAAAGCAUUGCCAUGCAUGACUGCAAUCGGAAGCGCAAUCUCACCAGAUUACUCUCUUACCACUGGAUUGGAUGAGAUUAAAGAUAAAAAGAAGCCUGAUGAAGGAUCAUGGAUCCCAGUGACUGUCGACGUCAGCAAGGUGGAUGUCAAUAGAGAACUCGACAAGAUGACAGAGCUGUUCGCAGAGCACUUCCAUGACUCAUGGGCAAGUCGAAAGCUGGAAAAGGGAUGGCAGUACGGAGAGCUCUAUUCUAGAGCGAACCAGACCCAUCCCAGAUUAAAGCCGUUUUCCCUAUUGAAGGACUUCGAGAAGUCAUUUUAUAAGGAGCGAUGCUCAGAGUGUCUGAAAGCUUUGAUGGCUUGGGGAUAUACAUUUGAAAUGAUCGAUCGAGAUGCUAACGAGCGAGCUUCAGCAGCUCGGACUCUUUCUGGAACCUCAAUUGCUAAUUUUGCGCCAAAGCCAAUUGAUCUGAGCACCAUGACUCUUGAGAAAGAAAUGGUGAAUGCCGCGGAAAAAAUGGCUGAGCACUCUCACCUCAUCUGGGCGAAAAAGGUCCUUUACGAUCUAAACACAAAAGGAGGAUUUAUGCCGAUCCCAUUGGUUCCUUGGGACCUGCUUACCGAUUUUGAACGAAGAAAAGAUCGCUUCAGAUCAUCAGAAAUCCUUAAGUUCCUUCAGUACCAUGGUUACCACGUGACUUGUCCAAAAGAUGAACAAUCUCAAAGUGAGCGUCUCAAAAACGAAGGAGAAAGAUCGUCAGUCGAAAAGAGAUUCGCUUAUAACCUUCUUGAGAAACUCAUUCAAUAUUUGGAACAAGCAAGCCUGAAAAUGAAAUCAGUGAAGCCAAGUCAAGAAUUAACUCGUCGCAACUCGUUCAGAAGAGAAGGACAAGACGUGAAGUUCUUUGAGAAAGUCGUUCUCCCAUUGAUGCAUGCUUACUUCAACGCUCAUAAAAACUACUUCCUGGAAGGAUCAUCGAUUGUUCAAACUGGAACCGCAAGCAACAAAGAGAAGGAAAUGGUCGCAAACUUGUUUUGUCGUCUGGCCGCUCUAUUGAGAAUCAAGAAUCGAGCGUUCGGUAGCGUGGCGAAAAUUACCGUCAAAUGCCUUCAGGGUCUCACCCAAGCGCUUGAUCUUCGAACAUUGGUAAAGGUGAACUCUGAUAUUGUCAGAACUUCACUAUUGACGUUCUUCAAUAAUUGCGCUGACGAUCUGUAUGCAGCGGUUAAUGAGCUUAAGGAAUGUGGUCAAUAUUCUUUGAUCCGCGGUGAAGCACUCAAAUCGUGGAAUUCUUUCGAAUUUGCCAACCAGAUGAUAGUCCCAGUGCUCACAACCAUGUUCGGACAUCUUGCCAGAAACCAUUUUGGUACCGAUUUGCUGCUCGACGAUAUCCAAGCGGCAUGCUAUAAAAUUCUCGAUUCGUUGUACAUGGUCACGGGCUUGGGAAGCUCGAUCCGCGACAGAAAGAGUAUCAACUACGAGGCUGAGAAGCAUCGACCAGGACUUGGACAGUGCUUGGCGGCGUUCGCAUCUUGUUUCCCUGUAGCAUUUCUGGAGCCGGAAUUCAACAAAAGCAACAAGUUCUCCGUUCUGGCCAAGUCGCAGGACCAGUCGGUACAAGUGCAAGAAAUGCUACAGAACCUGUCAACUCAUAUUCCGCACCUGGACAAGUUGCUAACCGAUAUUGAGUCAGUCUCUCAAAACAACACGAUGUAUUCCGAAGCUCCAAAUGUUUACGACGUCGAUCUACCUCUAAUGUGCUCCUAUAUGGCGUAUUGGUUCAAUGUGGGUCCUGAUGGAAAAAAGGACCAGAAGGAAGAAGAUAAAAGAAUGAGCAUUGUACAAACAACAAAUGUUGGAUCUGAUCAUAUCAAUCGAAUCUUCUGCUCACUUCUGAGAAUGAUUCGGAAUCAUGUUGGAAUUGAGAAUGCACCCUGGUUGUGCAGAGUCAACUACUUUGCCGUUCAAAUCAUUCAGAAUGUCACAUGCGAUCCCGUGCGUGAGUACAUCCUUCCGAUCGCCGAACGUCUCCGUCGAAUGAGCGAGAAAGCAUACAAAGAAGAAGAGCACACAAGAACACAUCCAGACGAUGCUGACGAGGGAACUGUCGCUGAAGACAAUGCUCGUCUUGUUCGAGAUACCUAUGCGUUCUUCCCGAUUCUCAUGAAAUACACCGAUUUGCAUCGUGCCCAAUGGCUGAAGUCACCGACAUGGGAAACGGAUGGCGUAUAUGAAAAUGUUGCUGUGAUCUUCAGAAUCUGGAGUCAAAGCCAACAUUUCAAGAGAGAAGAACUCAAUUACGUAGCGCAAUUUGAAGAAGAAAAUGGAGGUGUUGGGGGCGGUGACAUGAAGACCGGCAAAGCUGCGAUUGCUGAGAGAAAGAAGAAAAGAAGAGAAGGACAGGAUAAAAUGAAAGAGGUUUACGAUAAAAAAGGGAAACCAAUAAUCAAGAAAGACAAACAUGCUUCAAGUAUUGUCAUUGCAUGCCUUAAAAGGCUACUUCCAGUGGGUCUUAACGUGUUUGGCGGAAGAGAACUUGACAUUGUGCAGCAAUCAAAGGAAAAGUUCAUCCAGAAAGAGCUUGAGGAGAAGAUCCGCGAAUUCAUCAAAGGAUUACUCGAGAUUCCUGUGAAAACCGAUCCGACUGACAAGAAUGCAUGGCAGUUGUCGCUAUACCGCAAAAUCGGAAAAAGCCAAAUGCGUGGAAAAGAUGAGAUGUCGCAAGACGCUGUCAUUGAGAAGAUCUUCAAUAUGGGUCAAGUGACUGCCAUUCUCCACGUGAUUACGCGAACCAGGGAACGACGGCGAUACCGAAAAACGAGAAAGACGGAGCAUCCACAAAUGCAGCCAUCGCAAGCUUGGAAAAAGGUGGUGUCGACCCAGAGAAAACGCGCCGUCGUCGCCUGCUUCCGAAUGGUUCCCUUAUACGGAAUUCCAAGACACCGUGGAAUAAACUUCUUUAUGCCUGCAUUUUCACGUCUUUGGCUUGAAGAGGAGGACACAGGACAGGAUAAACUGAUUUCGGAUAUAUGCACUGGAGUUGAAGAGGAAGAAAGUCCAAGAUUGGAAGUAAUUGUUGAAGAUGGUGUCGCCGUUGUGGCGAAUUCUGACGAGAGCAAAGAAAAAGAAAAUCCUGAUCCACUGAAACAGCUGAUCCGCUGCUUCCAACGAGCGGCAACCAGCGAGGAAACAGCCGCCACUCAAAUUCAUGACGAUUCCCUUUACAUUCGAUUUGCUGAUGUCAUGGCACAAUCAAUUCACAUUGAAGAGGAAGAUGGCGAUGAUGGUGAAGAAGGCGAGAUUGAUCAGGCGGCCAAAGAAGAAGAAUCUCAAGCACUUCGGGCGGAACAGGGCGUCCUUGCGAGCCGUGGAGCUGCUAUAAUGUGCCUCAUGUAUUUGUCAGCUUCUGGCGGAGAACCGAAUGAGAUGGUGGCUCAGACUCUUCAGCUUGGAAUUCAUUUGCUCAGCGGUGGAAAUGUGGAGAUUCAAAAGAUGCUCAUCGAAUAUCUACAACUUAAAAAGGAUGUCAGAUUCUUCACAUCCAUGGCUGGUUUGAUGAAUAAGUGUUCAGUAUUGAAUCUGGAAAUGUUCGAAAGGCAGAUCAAGGCUGAAGGACUUGGAAUGGGAGCUGAACUUGCUUCGGGAGACAAUCAAAAUUUGAAUGACGCCGACUUCACUUGCUCCUUGUUCAGAUUCCUCCAACUCACCUGCGAAGGUCACAACCUCGACUUCCAGAACUACUUGAGAACCCAGCCAGGUCACACAACUAGUGUUAACCUUAUCAACUGCACUGUCGACUAUUUGCUGAGGCUUCAAGAAUCUGUCAUGGAUUUCUACUGGCAUUAUUCCAGCAAAGAAGUCAUCGAUGAAGGUGGAAAAGAAUACUUCCUGCGGGCUAUUCAAGUGUGCAGUCAAGUGUUCAACACACUCACAGAAAGUAUCCAAGGACCAUGCGUUGGAAAUCAGAUGACUCUUGCUAAUUCUCGUCUCUGGGAUGCAAUCAACGGAUUUUUCUUCCUCUUUGCACACAUGAUGGAAAAGCUUUACAAGAAUUCGACACAGCUCGAACUUCUUCGUGAAUUCCUCAAUCUUCAAAAGGAUAUGAUUGUGUUGAUGUUAUCAAUGCUUGAAGGAAAUGUGCUCAAUGGAUCAAUUGGAAAGCAAAUGGUCGACGCUCUCGUGGAAUCGCAGCCAUCGGUGGAAAAAAUACUCAAGUUCUCGGACAUGUUCCUGAAACUCAAGGAUCUUACAACGUCGCAGGCGUUCCAAGACUUUGACACAAAUCGGGAUGGAUGGAUCAGUCCCAAAGAAUUCCAGAGAGCUAUGGAGAGUCAGAAGAUGUACACUGUGGAAGAUAUAACCUAUCUUAUGAUGUGUACGGAUGUCAACAAUGAUGGAAAGGUUGACUACAUGGAGUUCACAGAGCGAUUCCACAAUCCUGCAAGAGAUAUCGGAUUCAACCUUGCCGUCCUUUUGGUCAAUUUAAAGGAACACAUUACCAAUGAUCCACGUCUCGAAAAAAUUAUCGAGAAAGCGCAGACGCUUCUAGAAUAUUUCGAUCCAUUCCUCGGAAGAAUUGAGAUCAUGGGAUCUUCGAAGAGAGUGGAAAAGAUUUAUUUCGAAAUUCAAGAAUCGUGGCUGGAACAAUGGGGAAAACAACAAAUUAGGGACUCGAAGAAUUCGUUCCUUUUCAACGUCUUACAAGACGAUGGAGGCGAUCAGGGCAAAUUGGAAGCAUUCAUCAACUUCUGUGAAGACACAAUUUUCGAAAUGCAGCAUGCCGCGGCGAUCUCGUCUGGAGACAGCGAUACUAAAAUGGAAAGAGCUAUUAAACAAAGAGAUUACUUUCUGCAGCAAACUUCGACAGAACAACUUUCGGAAACAUUCAAAAGCGGAUAUAAUAUUGGAAUUUCUGCUGCUUCUGCUCUGAGUCCUUCCAACAUUCAACAGACUGUAAAAAAUGUGAGCGGAGCUGUUCGACAAAUGACAUGGGGACAGUUGCUCUACGCCGUUAUUCUUUUGAUAAUCAGAGCCGGAAUAUCGAUUGGAUGGGCCGCUUACCUUCUUCUGAUUACCAUUUUCCGUUUUGCUUACUUUUUGACGACGAGUAGUGAUGAGGAUGAGGAGCCGAAAAAAGAAGUGACAAUGGAGAAGCAAACAGUCAAACACAAUGAACAUUACGCACCGCCCCUGCCCGAAUUCCAUCACUCGCAUGUUGGAGUCGAUGUAUUUGGCGUUGGAAUGAACCCUGAUCAUUUGAAUCCGAACAUUCCUGAAUUCAUCCCGCCUCCUAGACCGGAUACUCCGAUGAGCAAUCAAAAUGAUGACGAGAUUCCGAUAAACGACAAUGGCCCUCAACCGCCACUAACACCACAGACACCGCCCGCCGCCGCAGCUAGCAAGGCUCCUAGUAUCUACGAGUCUAUUGGAGCACCGCAAAUGGUGCAGCUCCAAUCGGAAGCGGACUUCCAACAAGGACAAUACGAACCAAAAAUUGCUGAGUCAAACUCGUCGAAGAGUCGAGGAUCAAUCCUCAACAUGCUCGCAAGAAACUUCAAGACAAUUGAGAAGACUACUUUAUACCUUGCCUUUUUCAUCAACGUCAUUUUGCUAUUCCACAGAGUGGAUAUCAGAGCACCGCCGGAAAGCACGGAUGUUGCCAUUGAAGUGGAAGAUGAUGAUGAAGCUUUGGAAACCAUCUUCAUCAGUGGAUUGCAAUUUCCAUAUAUCGAAUACGAAGUUACUGGAUGGAUGCUGUCGCAAAUUCUUUAUUGGAUCAGUGUGCUUCAUUUGACCACUUCAUUCGCCCUUCUCGUUUCAUUCUACCAGCUCAAGAUCCCGCUUAUUACAUUCAAAAGAGAAAAGGAAGUUGCCAGAAAGUUAAUGUUCGAUGGUUGUUGGAUAACUGAAGAAGACGCUGAAGAAUUAGGAAUCGUUGCGACGUUUAUGUGGUAUCUGGAUCGGAUUGUAAUCUCAUCGAAAUCUUUCCCAAUGAUGUACUGGGACAAAUUCGUUCGAAGAAAGACUCGCCAAAAGUUCCGCGAUCAAGUUGAUGAGGAGACGUUGACAUCGAUUCUAGGAGAAGAGAAGAUUUCUACAGACACCAGUUAUGAUUACCGCUACUCCUGCUGGCUGUGGCUCGGAGUGAUUCUGACCAAUGGACAAUUUUUGUACAGAGUUGGAUAUCUGCUAUGCUCGGCAUGCGGAGUCUUCAGUUCACCAUUCUUCUACGCAUUCCAUCUCAUCGACGUCGUGCUCUCAUUUCCUAUGUUAAAAGCGAUUCUUCAGUCUGUCACUCACAACUUACAACAGCUCAUCCUUACAAUCAUGAUGACCCUUGUGGUAGUGUACCUCUACACAGUUAUUGCCUUCAAUUUCUUCCGAAAAUUCUACGUGCAAGAAGGAGAGGAUGGCGAAGAACCGGAUCGCAAAUGCCAUAACAUGCUCACAUGCUUCAUUUAUCAUUUCUACGCCGGAGUGCGUGCUGGUGGAGGUAUUGGAGAUGAGCUUGAGAGCCCAUAUGGUGACGAUCUGGAGUACGCAAGAAUGUUCUACGACAUUUCUUUCUUCUUCUUCGUCAUUGUCAUUCUUCUGGCUAUCAUGCAAGGUUUGAUCAUUGAUGCAUUCGGUGAGCUUCGUGACCAGCAAGAGUCGGCCACGGAAAAACUUGAAUCGUCAUGUUUCAUUUGCGACAUCGGCAAGGAAACGUUUGAUCGGAUGCCGAGAGGAUUUGAGAUCCAUACAACCAAGGAACACAACUUCGCUAAUUAUUUGUUCUUCCUUCAACAUUUGGUUAAUAAGGAUGAGACAGAAUACACCGGACAGGAGACAUAUGUCCGUGAGAAAUACGACAACAGAGAUUGGGACUUCUUCCCAGUUGGAGAAUGUUUUGUCAAGCAAUACGAAGAUCAACUUUUACAAUCUUAA